UGUCUCAAAAAUGAUUAAAAAAAAAGUUUAGAAACAACAUGCCCUAAACCUCAGAUCACCCAGAAAAGAGACCUUCAUAGGAACAAACUAAAGGCUACAGUUUUAAAGCUGCAGGUCCAGUCCUAAAAGGCAUGUUGUCAGGGUUGGGCUGGCCUUCAGAGCAGCACAGCGGGAUGCACCCGGCACUUCUCCCUCAGUUCAUUUAGGAGCAAACUCAACCAGGAAAGUCAACACAGGAGAGCAGUCCACAGGUUCAUCACUCAGAAAUACCAUACCCCAAGACUGAAGGAAGAGGAGUUCUCAUACCGAUGAGAAAAGUGGCCCUGGGGUCUUCAAAGGCAGUACACCAGGGCCUCAGAUACAGUUUCCUAGCAGGCACACUUCAGGGCUGGGUGAAGAAUACUUGCUUACUUAUAAAAGGGUCCUACCAUGUCCUGCCCCUUAGGAGGGGAGACGGGGACGCAGCAAGGUAGGACCAGAGUCCCAGUGGGGCCAUGUUUGCUGCCUCUGUCUUGCGUCUGACACUGCUGUUCUUCUGGCUGGUUGCACCCCAGCCGACCCAGCCUGAGAGGCUCUUCCACAGCCGGGACCGUUCGGACCUGGACCCAUCGCCUCUGAGCCAGGCCAAGCCCAUUGCUGACCUCCGUGCUGCUCAGAGAUUCCUAUUGAAAUAUGGCUGGUCAGAGAUGCCUAGCCCAAAGGAGUCAUCAGGGGUCCCCGUGGCCUCCACCUUGUCUCAAGCUGUGCGUAGAUUCCAGAAGGCGAACAGACUACCAGCCAGCGGGGAACUAGACUCACCUACACUGGCAGCUAUGAACAGGCCACGUUGUGGCAUCCCUGACACAAGGCUGCCACCUCAGGCUGCCCUGCCAACCCCACCAGCCCUGCCAACCUCUUUAGGUCUCCAGCCCAGGGUCCGACAAAAGCGCUUUCUUCAAAUGCUGCUGCCCAAGCCAGGUGGGCAACAUGAGGGCACCACAGACACUGGGCCCAGCAGGGCCUUCUCCAAGAAGACGCUGAGCUGGAGGCUGGUGGGGGAUGCCUACAGCAGCCAACUCUCUGUGGAAGAGCAGAGAUACAUCUUUAGACUGGCCUUCAGGAUGUGGAGCGAGGUAACACCACUGGACUUUCGGGAGGACCUCACGGCCCCUAGCGCCACGGUGGACAUAAAGCUGGGUUUCGGGAGAGGCCGGCACCUGGGCUGCCCAAGGGUGUUUGACGGGAGUGGACAGGAGUUUGCACAUGCCUGGCGUCUGGGUGAGAUCCACUUUGAUGAUGACGAGCACUUCACCCCUCUCUCCAGUGAAACGGGCAUCAGCCUUCUCAAAGUAGCUGUCCAUGAAAUUGGCCACGUCCUUGGAUUGCCUCAUACCUACAGGGCAGGAUCCAUAAUGCAACCAAACUACAUUCCCCAGGAGCCUGCGUUUGAGUUGGAUUGGUCAGAUAGGAAAGCAAUUCAAAGACUAUAUGGUUCAUGUGAGGGAUCAUUUGAUACAGUGUUCGACUGGAUUCGAAAGGAGAGGAACCAAUAUGGUGAAGUGAGAGUGAGGUUCAACACCUACUUCUUCCGCAAUAGCUGGUACUGGCUCUAUGAAAACCGCAACAACAGGACUCGAUAUGGGGACCCCCUCCAAAUCCUUACUGGCUGGCGUGGAAUCCCCAUGCAACGUAUAGAUGCCUUCGUCCAUGUCUGGUCAUGGGGAAGAGACGAACGAUUUUUUUUUAAAGGAAACCAAUAUUGGAGAUAUGACAGCGAGAAUGACCAGGCACACACAGAAGAUGAACAAGGAAAGAGCUACCCCAAAUUGAUUUCAGAAGGCUUCCCUGGCAUCCCCAGCCCCCUGGACACUGCCUUUUAUGAACGGAGGCAGCAGUUAAUUUACUUCUUCAAGGGGUCUCUAGUAUUCGCAUUUGAUGUCAACCAAAACCAAGUACUUAAUUCUUACCCAAAGAAGAUGAGCCAAGUGUUUCCAGCAGUAAUGCCACAAAACCAUCCAUUCAGAAGCAUCGAUUCAGCUUACUACUCCUAUGCACACAGCUCCGUCUUCUUUUUCAAAGGCAACUCAUACUGGAAAGUAGUUAGUGACAAGGACAAACAACAGAACUCUCGGCUUCCUCUGAAUGGAUUAUUUCCAAAAAAGUCUAUUUCAGAGAAGUGGUUUGAUGUUUGUGAUGUUCAUACCUCUACACUGAACAUGUGAUGAGGACAGGAAGUGCUAGGACUUACAAAAACUCUGAGAAAAGUCAGACUUCUCUGCAAAGAAAACAAACCAGACUUAGUAGCUAAAGCAGGUAUCGUUUCCUAGGCUAAAAUUGAACAAGAAAGCAUUCCUCGAACUAUAAAAAUAGAUUUAAGGAUCAGUUAACUUGGGGGAAAAGUAUCUUUUAGAAACAUCAAAUGAUUUACCUUAGGGAAUUCCCAUCUUUUCUUUCAACUUCACAUGACCUCUGCCAUCCCAAUAGUGCCACCAGUGGUCACAACAUUGUGUGGUACAGAAAUGGCUUUUACAGCACUUAAACUGAGAACUGGUCUAGGGCAGGGCACAGAACUGAAAUUAGCUAUAUUGCAAAAAACACUUCAUAAUGAUGUGCUUAAUAUUUGACCUGAACCAAAGGUCCCAAUGAGUCCGUCCUUGUCUGUCUGGCAUAACAGAAAGACCUCCAUCUCUGCACCCUGCAGUGUGGUCCUGCUGCCAAAUGCACCUUGUUUGUGCACAUGGCCUUACCCACAACUGGCUGAGGCUCUGCAGAGCAUGACCUUUCUGGCUCACCCUAAUUGGCUUAGUGGUCUUCUCUCCCUACAAAGUAGUGAAAACUUUUUCUGGGGGGGGAGGGUGGUUUACGAGACAGGGUUUCUCUCUGUAUUGUUUUGGAGGCUGUCGGUCCAGCCCAGCCUCAAACUCACAGAGAUCUGCCUGUCUCUGCCUCCCGAGUGCUGGGAUUAAAGGCAUGCGCCACCACCGCCUGGCCCAAAGUAGUGAAAACUUACCUGUUUAUGUUCUGCAGGCCAGGCCAGGCCACAACAGGGCUCUGGAAGCUGGCUGGGUAACUAAUUUUCCUAGUCUAAGAUAGGCAUUACCCUUUAACUUCCAUACAACAGGGAUUAUGAAUUCUUUUUGUUUUGUUUUGCUCUGUGUAGCCCUGGCUGUCCUGGAACUCAAGUUAGAGACCAGCCUCAAACUCAGAAUCUCCUGCCUCUGCUUCCCGAUUGUGAGUGCUGGGAUUAAAGGUGUGCAUCACUGCCUGGCUGGCUUAUGACUUCUUAAUAAACAAAGUCACUGUCAUAUAAUGAUAUCUGGACGAUGAAAUCAACUGAACAAGAUUCAGAAACCUGAGUGGUCAGGCAACAGAGUCUUCUAAAGGAACAGCUAAAACACAUGUACUUCAGGAAACUUUAAUUUAAACCAACAUAAGUAAUUACAACACAUUUAAGAAGGAUCUUUUAUUUCUCCUGCAGAAAUUUUCAUGUUAUUGCUAUAAGGCAAAGAGCCGAAAUGUCUACUUCCUUGAUUAAAGACCAUUUUCCUUC